AUGAAGCUUCCAUUUCGUUAUACUAGGUCACAGCUGGAGAUAUUCCGUUUUACGUUCUGUCUGCUGGCACCCGUUGGAGUGAUGUACUACAUCGGUACUGAUACAGAUAAGAAACUGAACGUUCCAGGAUUUUAUCCAGACCCUGAGACUCUGAACAAGAUCCCUAAAGAACCAUACGAGAUUAAAGCAGAAUUGGCGAGGAUGAAGAAGGAACGUUUGGAGAAAAGACUGAGGUUGGAGAAAAAACUUCAAGAAGAGCUUGGGAUUGAUAUCGAAGCAGAAAAGAAUAAGAUUAGAGAAGAGAUGGCCAUGGAGAAGAAAUCAGCUUAA